ACCGAGGUACCUGUCGACCGAGACAAGCAACGGUAGCCGCGUUUCGGGGCUGGGGCCACUGAACGGCCGACCACACUCAAUCGUCCCGCCCAAGCUAGCUACGUGCUAUCUCAACCUCUAGGAACAUCUUGCGCCUUUCAACCCGUGAUACCCAACGACACCGAAAACCAGCGAAUUUAUUGACGACACGAAAGACGACCAGAUCAAAAUCCCGAAUCCUCUAGAUCUAGAAGCAAUCCGCAAUUCACGUACCUUGCACAUCUCCCCGGCAUGCCCCCCUAAACGACCAACCUCCAUCCCUUUCCGCCUCGCCUCGCCUCGCCUCGUCGACAAACGACACCGAAACCCGGCGCAAACACGCGCAACCCCCGCGCCGCCGUCGCGGCCGUCCCCUAGCCCAACAUGGUCGUCUACUCCUUCUACAUCUUCGACCGCCACACGGAAUGCAUCUACUCAAAAACCUGGCUCCCCGCCGAGCGCCCGCCAUCCCAACAACCCCCCUCAUCAGCCGGGACGGGCGCCGCACCGCCAUCAUCACAGCAGCUCGGCCGCCGCAGCCAGGUGAACUCGGCCAAGGACGACGCCAAGCUCAUCUUUGGCACCGUGUUUUCCCUCCGCAACAUGGUCCGCAAGCUCGGCGGGGACGACGACGCCUUCAUCAGCUACCGCACGUCGGCCUAUAAGCUCCACUACUACGAGACGCCCUCGAACCUGCGCUUCGUCAUGCUUACUGAUACGGCGACGCUGAGUAUGCGGAAUGUGCUGCAUCAGAUUUAUAUCAACCUCUGGGUUGAAUACGUCGUCAAGAACCCCCUAGCACCAGCCGAACACAAGGGCGGCGAAGGCGUCAAGAACGAACUUUUCGAGCUGGGGCUGGAUCAGUUCGUCAGGGGUUUGAUGUGAAAGGACACCGUACUCGCCGUUCGGCAGCCAGGUUGGGAAGGAACAAAGAAUAAGAAAACACCAAACCCAGGAAAAGACGAUACGUGACUGGGAGCCCUUAGACCUGGGGAGGGCAAAGGGAAGAACUCCAGUGACCCAACAAGUGAGAAAUCGAUGUGGAGCCGCAACGACUUUUUGCCAGGCUGGCAUCAUGGAACAAGUGUUCACGGGAGGCAUUGUAGCUCCUCAAACCGAUCACGUACUUGACGUCUAAAGAAGAAAACUUCGCGUCACAAACAUAGACCAAAAAGAGGCACAUCAGAACAGCUGGAUGGUUUGAUAAUAAGAACGAAUCAUCAGCAGAAUCGCGG